ACUCCCUCCCGAUACGUUGGCCCAACUAGCCCAACAGAUAUGGCCCAACUAGCCCAACUAGUCCAGCGGGUUCACCCUUCUUUCCCCCGUCCCCUUCUCUCUUCUGCUGCUCUCCUCUCUUGGUCUUCCAUUCCAGGCGGCGACGACUGGGCCAGCGGCGGCGCCACUCGCCACGUCUUCGCGGGGCCCUUUGCCGGCGACGAGCACCCACGAGACAUCUUGGGGUUCCUCUCCCUCAGAAGAGGCUGGACUAGGAGAAGAGAGGGAUAUACAAUGACUGGUGGAUCAGGUGUGGUGGUGAUAGAUAAUGGGGGUGGCCUUCUCAAGGCUGGCUUUGGCGGGGAUCAGGAUCCGAUUGCUGUGGUGCCCAACUGUAUGGCCAAACCCCCUGGUGGCAACACCAAGAAAUGGCUUGUGGCUGACCAGCUGCAGGCGGACGAUGUCGACGUGACUGGCAUGACACUGAAGCGCCCCAUUGACCGUGGCUAUCUUAUCAAUACUGAGGUUCAGAGGGAGGUCUGGGAGCGGGUUGUACGCAACUUGCUGAAGGUGGAUCCUAACAACUCAUCCUUGUUACUGGUGGAACCCAUGUUCAACCCUCCCGCUCUGCAGCAUGCAACUGACGAGCUGGUGUUCGAGGAAUUUGGGUUCAAGUCUCUGUGUGUUGCAGAUGCUCCUUCCCUUGUCCACCUUUAUGAAGCUAGCCGCCAACCAACGCUCUUUCGUGCCCAGUGCAGCCUUGUUGUUGACUGUGGCUUCUCUUUCACACAUGCAUCCCCUGUGCUUCAGAAUUUUACUCUAAACUAUGGUGUGCGGCGUAUGGACCUUGGUGGCAAGGCCCUUACAAACUAUCUCAAGGAGCUUGUCUCAUACCGUUCGCUUAAUGUCAUGGAUGAAACUCUUCUCAUUGAUGAUGCAAAGGAAAAGCUAUGCUUUGUCUCCCUUGAUGUCCCUGGUGAUCUGCGCCUUGCCAGGUUAUCUUUCAAGGACAACCCUUUUAGAUGUUCUUACAUUCUCCCUGAUGGUAUAACAUACAAGAAAGGGUUUGUCAAGGACAUGGAUGAUGCACUUAGAUACUGCUCUCUGCCUCUCAAUGAAGAAUCAGAUAGAAAGGACCAUGGCUUGGAGACAAAUAAGUUUGAGGAUCGUAAAAAGCCAGAAUUAAGUCAAAAUGAAUUUGUAUUGACAAAUGAGAGGUUCCUUGUCCCGGAGAUGCUUUUUCAUCCAAUUGACCUUGGUAUAAAUCAAGCUGGGCUUGCUGAGUGUAUAGUUCGUGCUGUACAAGCAUGCCAUCCAUAUCUUCAACCUGUGCUUUUCGAGAGCAUCAUCUUGACAGGUGGAAGCACAUUGUUCCCCAGAUUUGCUGAAAGAUUGGAGAGGGAACUUCGGCCUCUUGUCCCUGAUGACUACCAGGUGAAGAUAACUCGUCAAGAGAACCCAAUUCUUGGUGUCUGGAGAGGUGGAUCCAUUUUGGCCUCCAGCCCUGAUUUCGAAUCAAUGUGCGUCACAAAAUCAGAGUACGAGGAGAUGGGAUCAGCACGGUGUCGGCGAAGAUUUUUCCACUGAAGUGUAGUAGAAUGGAUCAUGGUUUUGUAAAUAUGAUGAGGCAAUUCCGUAGAUCAGGCCAAUCUGAUUUUUGUUUAGGGCAACUAAAUGGCUACUGAUGAUUUAGAAAUGGGAACAUAUCUAGUAGAAA